CUUCUUUAGUGGCUGCACACCUAUCCAUGGUUAUUCACGAUAUUAAUCUUGAUUAAUCGUCUAAAUCAUCCAACAUAUUCUCCUUCGAAUUGUUUAAAUAAAAUAAAAUAAUAAAAAAGAAUCAUCCUACGCAAAGUACAGUGAUUCCCGGAAUCCGAGAACAACCACAUGGUGUUGCUAAAACUUUCCAAGGGCUUCUAGAAACGUGAAAAUCCAAAAUAAGCAAGCUCAAACAACUUAAUUAUCAAUCUGGUUGUUAGUACCCAUUGUUCAAUAUUAGUAGAGGAUUGGAAUCGCAUCCAUAAUGAAUCCACAGAAAGACCCAAAUCGUCCCAACCAGAAACCGAAAGAAGAAGUUGAUAAAAAGAAAGAUAAAAAAAAACAUUCAACUAACGCAGCAUCCUCUGAAAAACCACAAUAUUCGAACCCAAAUCGAAAAGAAGAACAAGAUAAACGUGAAAUAAAAAUUACUGAUAAGUUAGAAGCACCAACAUUUACAAAAGCAAGCAAAUAUGUCCUUCAACCAUUAGAAAUCGAUAAUGUUGAGAACAAGAAUAAAUGCGAUCAAAUCGAGAAUAAAAGAAAUGUCGAUUUUUGGGUUUCAACUAUUCGAAAUAUCAUGAAAGGUGAUGAAGGUGACAUCAAGUUUGAAUCCAGAAAACCACCUCAAGAACCAAAACCAUCAACUUCAAAAGCAAAAGAUUUCUAUUACGAAGAUGUCGUCCCUCGUAAAAAGAGAAACUUCAACAAUGGCAAUGAAGGUGACAUCAAGUUUGAAUCCAGAAAACCACCACAAGAACCACAACCAUCAACUUCAAAAGCAAAAGAUUUCUAUUUCGAAGAUGUUGUCGCCCCGAAAAAGAGAAACUCCAACAAAGACAAUGAAGGUGACAUCAAGUUUGAAUCCAAAAAGCCAUCUCAAGAACCACAGCCAUCAACUUCAAAAGAUUUCAAUUUCGAAUAUGUUGUCGUCCCUAAAAAGAGAAACUCUAACAAAGACAAUGAAGGUGACAUCAAGUUUGAAUCCAAAAAACCACCACAAGAACCACAACCAUCAACUUCAAAAGCAAAAGAUUUCUAUUACGAAGAUGUUGUCGUCCCUAAAAAGGCAAACUCCAACAAAGGCAAUGAAGGUGACAUCAAGUUUGAAUCCAAAAAACCACCACAAGAACCACAACCAUCAACUUCAAAAGAUUUCUAUUUCGAAGAUGUUNAAUUAACCUAG